GACUUCAAAAGAGCGUUCCGACACAAAAACAAGAGAACCGGGGGGGUGCGCACGUUAACAACCCCGGGUGCGCAGGUUAAGGAUCCCAGAGAUACAUCAGGAAGCAGAACUCUCUCAGUUUUCAGUCACAGGCCAUUUACUAGGGUUUCUCUCUCUAUCCCUCUCACUCUCUCUCUCUAUCUGUUUUUUCAUUUCAUUGGAUUCCCUUCCAUGGAAUCGGAAACCCUAGAAGAUAAAAAACCAGAGAAAGAAGAAGGAGAAGAGAACGGAGCUUCGGCUGCUGCGAAAAUGGAAGAGGAAGGAGAAUCGAAGGAGGAGAAAGGAGGAGAAGGGGACGAUGACAAGGAGAAGGUUGAGAAGCAGCAGAAGAAGGUCGAAGGAGGCGGUGGUAAAAAGAGAGGGAGGAAGAAAGGGGAAGUAUUGAAGAGAUCGGAGGGAGAAGAGGGAGAGAAGAAGGUCAGGAAGAGGAGAGCGUCGGGAUCCGUCGAGCCGGCUACGCCUUUGGAGAGGCCAGCGCGGGAUAGGAAGCGGGUUGAGAGGUAUUCAGCGUCAGUUGAGAAGGGUUCAUCUGCUGGGAAGGCCUUGUCUAUCAAGAAGGGCCGCGGAAUGCAGCUCAAAGACAUCCCGAAUGUGGCCUUCAAGUUUUCAAAGAGAAAAGCUGAUGACAGCCUACAGAUGCUCCACACAAUUCUUUUUGGAAAGAGAUCAACUAAAUAUCACAUGAAGAGAAAUAUAUCCCAGUUUUCUGGUUUUGUGUGGGAUGAGGAUGAGGAAAAACAGAGGGCAAAAAUUAAGGAAAAACUCGAUAAAUGCGUGAAGGAUAAAUUAUUGGAUUUUUGUGAUUUGCUCGAUAUUCCUGUUAACAAAGCGACUACAAAGAAGGAAGAGCUCUCGGUAAAAUUAUUAGAAUUUUUGGAAUCUCCUCAUGCUACAACGGAAGUCUUAUUGGCAGAGAAAGAGCAGAAACGUAAAAAGCGUAAGAGGAAUGCCAAAGGAGAGGCAGUUGUAGAAACACCAGCCAAGAAGCCAAAAAAGAGCCAUGAAGUCUCUGAAGUGAAAAAGGGGCGGAAGAGCUCUUCCAAGUCCAGUGAAAAAGUUGAGGAUGAAGAUGAAGGUGAGCCUGAAGGCACCAAAAGUGCUUAUUCUGAUGAUGGUGAAGAAGAAGAAAAUGCUGUGGAGGAAGAGAGUGAAAGUGUGAAGGAUGAAUCUUCAGAAGAUGAAGACGAACAAGAGCCACAAGAGAAAAGGAAGAAAGGUUCUACUAAGAAUCGGAAGAAGGGCUCAGUGGCCAAGGCGAAAGAAAAAGCUACUACUGUCAAAAAGGUUACCCCUGCAAAAUCUGUGAAAGUUCAUUCAAAGAAAGUUGCUUCUUCUGAUGAAGAUCAUGGGGUAAAGGAAGAAGAUAGUGAUCGUGUGGAGAGUGAGUCCGAGGAAAAAGUUGAACCCAAGGAGCCUGCAGAAAGCAAAAAAGGUUCGAAGAAGCAGUCAAAGGUCUCUGCAGCCAAGACAAAGGAAAAAGCUACAAAAGCCUCUCCUGCAAAAUCUGUUAAAGGCCCUCCAAAAACUGUUUCAAAGAAGGGUUCUUCGGUUGAUGACAGUGUUUCUGGCCGAACUUCAACUUCCAAAUCUAAGACGUUGAGCAAACCAAAUAAAGAGGCUAAAAAGAAAAGCCAGGAGACUGAGAGUUCAUCGGCCAAAGAGAAGAAGGCACCAAAGAAGCAGGAAACCAAAUCUGGGGCAAAGGUUUCUGCUAAGGAGAAAACUGGAAAAGGAAAGGCUAAGCGUGAGCCCAGCAGAGAAGAGAUGCUGGCUGUUGUUGGCGAUAUUUUAAAAGAAGUGGAUUUCAAUACUGCAACUUUGUCAGAUAUUCUCAGGCAACUAGGGGACCAUUUCAAAAUGGAUCUGAUGCAUAAAAAGGUCGAGGUAAAAAGCAUCAUAGAAGAAGUUAUAAACAACAUGACAGACGACGAAGAAGAUGGAGAGGAAGAGAAUGCCGACGGGGCCAAUGAAGAUCCUGAAGAAGAUGGUGAUAAGGAUGGUGAUGACUAGCUUUCCUGGGAUGGAUUUUCGAUAGUUCUAUAUAUGUGGGUCCUUGUGGCUUUGCAAAUGCAAGGUAUGUAGCUCAGUUUCUCACUAACAAAUCUUUGUAGAGUAGGGAGUGUAGAGUUAAGAAUACCAGCUUCAUAGUGUAGGCGUUGAUUUGGGUCAAGGUAUCUGUCUAUAUAACCUAUUCAGAUGGAUGCUUUUUUGACGGUAUUGUACAAUAGACAUGUUUCUCUCCCCUUCUACAGUGUUGUACAAUAGACAUGUAUCUCUCAUUCUCAAGUAGUUCACUGUUUUUCAGGUCUCUGUCAGGGAGCUUUUUAAAAAAAUCUGUUUACUGGUUUGA